GCGCGACGGUGGCUCGGACAACACUUUUUGGUGGACGCGAGCGUGGUGACGGACGCGGUGGAGGCGGCGAGGCUGGGAGCGGGGGAGCGAGUGCUGGAGAUUGGACCGGGGACGGGAAACUUGACGAACGAGAUGCUGAAGCGCGGGGCGCGCGUGUUGGCGGUGGAGAAGGAUAGGAAUUUAGCGGAGAAAUUACGGGAAGGGUUGUGCGUGGAGUAUAAAGAUGCGUUCGAGUUGGUGGAGGGGGAUUUUUUGAAGUGGGACGGAUUGGCGACGGCGUUUGAGCGCGCGACGCCGGAGACGCCGAGGGCGAAAGUGGUGGCGAAUAUUCCGUACAACAUCACCACAGACGUGUUGAAGGUGUUGCUUCCGAUGGGUGACACGUUUGAGGAUAUGAUUUUUAUGUUUCAAGAGGAAGUGGCGCAGCGUUUGGUGCGCGACGACGCCGGCGGCGGAGACUAUCGGGCGAUGAGCGUUCGCGUCCACUACUACUCCAAGCCGUAUUACAUCCGUCCAGUUUUGCGUGAUUGCUUCAUGCCGCCGCCGAACGUGGAAUCGUGUUUAAUCGGAUUCAAGCCGAAAGAGCCGCACGAGCUCUUACCCUUGAACGGCACCGACAAGCAAUUCUUCACCUUUGUCCAGGCGUGCUUCGCGCAAAAGCGUAAAAUGUUACGCAACAACCUCAAGGCGGUGUGCGACGAGGCGACGAUGGACGGCGCGUUCGCGUUGCUCGACCGCGGACUUAAAGUUCGUCCGCAAGAGCUCACCAUGGAGGAGUACGUCAAACUAUUCAAUUUCGUACGC